ACCCUAUUUAAUUUUUUUUAAUUGGACGAGGAUGAGAAUUAUUUUUACUGAACAGAGGGUGUUGGGAUGGGGCGAACCCUCCCGAAUCCAUCGGAUGUCUUCCUAAUAAUAAUAAUAAUAAUAAUAAAAUACUCAAACUUGGACGGGCGCAGGGUGUAAGAGAGGAGAAGUGGAGGUGGGAGGUGAAAAUGGAAGAUUUUGAGAAGAAGGUGAAAAUCACAGAGGCUAUGGACAUCGAAAACGGCGCUGAUUCCUCCAAAACCCUCCAAUUGCUUCGUAGGUUUCUACAAAUUCAACAGCGCCGAGCCCAAGCUUAUGCAAACAUGAGAAGGGGGUUUGCAGACUAUAUGGUUUCUGGAGGGGAGUCAGCUUACCAACAGCUUUGCAAUGAGAUCACAGUAGAGUUCAAUGAAUGCUCAAAACAAGUCCUUGAAAUGGAAUCUCUAUUUUUGGACCCUGAUUAUGGUCGAGAUGAUCUAGCACAUCUGCUUAGAUCUGUUCAAAAUCAGGAAAAGCAGAAAUUACAUCUGACGGCAACAAUUCAACUGUUGAAGAAGGCAGGUCGCCCUUCAGAACGGUUGGUCAGCCAUGAGAAGUGCAAAUUUAAGAAUCCAGAAGGGCAUGAAUGUGUGCAUGUCCAUGAGAUAACAGAAGCUGCUGGAACUGAAGAGGCGGAGGCAGAUGCUGAGUAUGAUAAUGCUCUCAAUGAAGCAAUUAGAGGUGUGCAGGAUGCUGUGACCACCAUAAAUGAUCAUUUAGAGGAAAUAAAAUAUGAAAUUGCAGCCCUUGAAGCUGAGUGACUCCAACUUCCAUAAAGAUGUAACAAAAAAUUGGAAGAGGUAAUGUAAGAUGGAUAUUAGGACUAUUGAAAGGUUGGUGUUUAUAAUCUAGAUGUUUGAUCGUUUAGUGAAAUGUACAUUCCUUCUUAUUUGCUGUUA